CACCACUAUGACAAUGACACUGCUAUUGCUAUAACAAAAUAAAUAUAUAUAAUUAUGAAAAUGAACUUGAGGUUGAUUUUUUACUUAAUUUUUACGAAAAUGAACUUGAUGUUGAUUUUUUACUUAUGUACUCCCUGUUUCCUCAUACCUCAAAAAUUUCCCCAACCCGGUGCCUUUCUCUCUAGAUUAGCGAAUCCUGUUAGUAGCAAUCAAUGA